AUGAAUUCCCUCGCGAUCUUCACGAUGGACUGGGAGUCCAAGAAGGAACGUGAUCUCGAGCAGCUCGCGCCCAUCCGGGUUGCUCGCUACUCCUUGUUGUUUUCCAGCCUUGGGCGCGAGGAACUCAGCCUUCCUCCCAUGCUUGCGGCACCCCGCGCCAGCUCGCUGCAUGCGCCGUCUCUCUCAGGCGCGUCAACGAUGUCGAGCUCGGCUUUCGACUCUCGCCCUGCCACUCCACUCGACGAAGAGAGCCUUCAGGGCUUGCGCGUGUUCGAUGCGCACGCAGAGUACGAUCCCCUCCGCGCACCCAAGCUCAACACUAUCGCCCUCCCUGAUGUUGGCGAGGUGGACGAUUUCGAGAUCGACACCAGCAGCGACUACGGCGAUGCGGGCGACUACAUCACCGAGGAAGACUACAUGGUUGACAGGUCGUUUGACGAACUCGAGCCGCUGUCUGAUCGUGUCCGUGGCUGGGCGUUGUCGAACGAAGAACAUGACCAGGACGGCACGUACGCCGUCGCCAUCCCCGAGUCCCUUCAGGAGGCGUGGGGUGGUCUCGGCGGGAAGACGCCCAAAGCCGUCCGGCCGGCGCUUCCAGCGACACCUUCCAUACGCGUGUCCCGUCCGUAG